CGCCCUAGCCCGCCAUGGGGCCAACUUGCAACUCCUAGGGCUCAGCUUCGGGACAAGAGAAAUCUGAGAAGCAUCAAGCAGAAACCAAGAUGAGUUUCCGCAAGGAGGAUGGCGUGAGCAGCCUGUGCCAGAAGGCACUGCACAUCAUCACCGAGCUGUGCUUCGCGGGCCAAGUGGAGUGGGACAAGUGCUCGGGCAUCUUUCCCGCCGAUAGGGCCAGCCAGGGAGGAAGUGGCACAGAUAUUUCAGUCAGCCUAUUAGCUGUUGUCGUAAGCUUCUGUGGCCUAGCCUUGUUGGUUGUCUCCCUUUUCGUCUUCUGGAAGUUGUGCUGGCCAUGCUGGAAGAGCAAGCUUGUGGCUCCCAAUGUCAGUGCCCUUCCACAAAGCAUUUCAAGUGCUCCAACGGAAGUUUUUGAGACUGAAGAGAAAAAAGAAGUAGAAGAAAACGAAAAGCCAGCGCCAAAAGCUAUUGAGCCUGCAAUAAAAAUCAGCCACACUUCCCCUGACAUCCCAGCGGAAGUUCAGACCGCUCUAAAGGAACAUUUGAUUAAACAUGCUCGUGUACAAAGACAAACCACUGAGCCUACAUCUUCAUCCCGCCACAAUUCCUUCAGGAGACACCUACCAAGGCAAAUGAACGUCUCCAGUGUUGACUUUAGCAUGGGCGCCGAACCUGUUUUACAAAGAGGAGAGACGAGGACCAGCAUUGGGAGGAUCAAACCAGAGCUCUAUAAGCAGAAAUCGGUUGACUCCGAGGGCAACAGAAAAGACGAUGUCAAAACCUGUGGGAAACUUAACUUCACGCUCCAGUAUGAUUAUGAAAACGAACUCCUAGUCGUUAAUAUUGUCAAAGCUUUAGAGCUCCCAGCUAAAGAUUUUACAGGCACUUCUGAUCCUUACGUGAAGAUCUAUCUUCUUCCAGACAGGAAAAAGAAAUUUCAGACGCGCGUCCACAGGAAGACGCUAAACCCCCUGUUUGAUGAGAUAUUUCAGUUUCCAGUGGCCUAUGAUCAGCUAAGCAACCGGAAACUACACUUUAGCAUAUAUGAUUUUGACAGAUUUUCCAGGCACGACAUGAUUGGGGAAGUGAUUCUUGAUAACUUAUUUGAAGUCUCUGAUCUCUCCAGGGAAGCCACAGUGUGGAAAGAUAUCCACUGUGCUACCACGGAAAGCAUAGACCUGGGCGAAAUCAUGUUUUCCCUUUGCUAUCUGCCAACCGCUGGGCGGAUGACUUUGACAGUGAUCAAGUGCAGAAAUCUGAAGGCAAUGGACAUCACCGGGUCAUCGGAUCCUUAUGUCAAAGUGUCUUUGAUGUGUGAGGGCCGACGACUUAAAAAACGGAAAACGACUACGAAGAAAAACACUCUCAAUCCUGUGUACAACGAGGCCAUUAUUUUCGACAUUCCUCCAGAGAAUGUGGACCAGGUCAGCCUGUGCAUCGCCGUCAUGGAUUAUGACAGGGUAGGUCACAAUGAGGUCAUAGGUGUGUGUCGAACUGGACUAGACGCGGAGGGUCUCGGGCGAGACCACUGGAACGAAAUGCUGGCCUACCACCGGAAACCGAUCACACACUGGCACCCCCUGCUGGAGUUACCUGGCCGGGCAACCAGCUUUGAUAGUCAAGGAUCCUGUUCUUCUCCAAGACUACCGUCCACACCGUAAAGCCUCCAAAUAAAACCAUGUCACAGAAAGACCUAGAAUCAUGUGCUCAUCGAAUCAGAUACACACAGACACAGAACAUUUGUCUUCUUCAUAUAAAAUAUACCCAUGACAAUGAAUAACUUGUUGUAUAAUUUCUGUUUGUUUUACCUCUUGGUUUAUUUCUGUUUUUAACUUUGAGCAUAUCAAUGUAUUUUAUCUGAGUACUAAUAGUCCUUAGUUAUAUAAGGUAUUUUAUAUUUCACGUCAUUUAUUAGCACCAUUUUUGAUAUGUUUUAAUUCUUUGCUUAAAUGAAGAAAUAAGUUUUUUGACAAGAGAACCCAGUUGUGUGUAAAAUUAAAUAUAGUUUAUGCCUGUGCUGUAUGAAAUAGUAAAAUGUAUCAUUUCCAGAUGUACAGGCUCUAUGUAAACUUUAAUGAACACAUUUAAAUUAAUUCCACAGGAUCAACUCCUUCAAGUUCUAAUUAAUGACACUUGUAUGAUAAUAGAUUUUUCCUUCACAAUCAUCAUUUUUGUCAUUGAGGUUUAUCCCUCAAACUUCUUAUUUGGGACACUCAGCUAAGCUGCAAAAACGAAAACUCACUUUGAAUAUAAAUGUACAAAGUGACAUUGAGUAGCAGGUUGUCAACAGUAGUUCAGACACCUGCUGUUAUGCUUAGUUGCUAGUUCUGAAACUUCUAGUCGUCUUCACCUCAAGGGUAGCAUUGGUACCCACCCUAAGUGGCUACAGUCAUAACUUCAUCUUUCAAGGUUCUCCUGUACUGUGCUGUGUCUAUUCUGUGACUUGGAGCUGCCGUGUGCUCCCAUGCUUUUG